ACAUGAAAAACUUGAGUCGCACCUGCUCAGCUUUUUAUCAUCUGAGUGUUUUCUGAAUGAAACCAUACCGGUGGCGGGUAAGAGCUGACUUUCUUUACUUUCUUUGUCAGUUUCAGACACGUUUAACACCUAUGUAUAAAGUAACAUGCUAAAUUUUUAAAAUGUGUUAAAUUAUGAAUGUGGGACUACAUUUCUUUGCCACUUUGAUGAUUUUUUCUUGCGCAGAUUUGGUACUACAUUAAUCAGGUUUUGGGAGUUUUUCCAUGCAAACAACCUCUGUAUGAUUUCUGCUGUGAGAUGAAAGAGACAAAGUUUAGUCCCACCACGUCCAAGCUAAAUAAUCAAAUCCAUUGCUCAAAAUAAAACUUUAAAGUAUGAAAUUCAUUAGAAUAUUCUCAAAAUGCUGAAAGUUAAUGUAAUCAAAUGCAUAAAUGGUUAAAUUUUUUGAUCAUUUUAAUGUUUGCAGCACCUUUACGUUGUAAUUGCACGUUUUAUUUUAGCUUUCAUAAUAAAUAAGAUAGAUGGAUUGAAAUUUUUUCCCACAUUAAUACAUUAUCAUCUCUGACACCUUACUUCUCCUCCAUCAGGGUGUAAUAUGAGAGAUUUGUCACUCCAUACUUGUCCUCAUUCACAAAAACACUCCUAAAAACUGAGACUCCAGAAUACACUCAGAAUACACACUUUCCAGGGACAAUGUUGUGCUCUCGUCUGCGUCCCUCACUCCCUCGUCUCCUGCCGCUGAGGAUGUCCAGCACUGCAGCCUGCAGGACUGUAGACGUGAAACAGCCUAGCCUUUCUGAUGCUCUAACUUUUGAAGAUCCCAAAGCCUUCAGGGUCAAGAGUUUAGGUGAGCUGCUGAGAGCUCUCGGAGUCUUCCGCUUGUGCUCCUUCCCAGUGCUAGUUAACAACUGUGGCAAGGUAAGUUUAAGUCUUUCCAUGAUCAUUUCACAGAUGUGAAUGGAAAAAUAAAUUCAGAGGGCAAAAAGGGGGAAAAGAAAUCAUUUUUUCUUCAUCACUCUUCUGUCAAUGUAACCGUCCCCCUCUAUUCUCAUUCAGCUCAUGGCGAUAGCUCGCACCAUCCUGGGGAAGAGGGGGUUCUCUCUACUGCUGAGGCCCACUGUGUAUGCUCAGUUUGUGGCUGGGGAGAACGAGAGUGAGAUCUCUCAGUCUAUGGAGAAGAUGAGCCUGCUGGGACUGAGGCCCAUGCUUGCUGUACCUAUCGAGGAGGAUCUGGGAGAAAGCACGGGGUAAGAGAGAGCAGUUCGUCUCGACUUUUACCUAAAAAUAUGCAACUUAUAAAAAUAUGGCCCCAAGUUGCAGGACAAGUCACUUAAAAAAGAAGACAGUAAAUCUAGAAAAAUCUCAAAAUCUCUGGGGAAGAGAAUAACAUGUAUGCAUGAGGAUGUUUGACUGAAUCUAGAAAACCUUACUCAAGAUUUUGAGACAAAGACAGAGCUGGGUUCAGAGGUCAAAGAAGACAAGAUUUGUUGUUGCAUGAAGCUGUGUUCUUCAGUUACUUUGUUUUGUAUGUCUCAGGCCAUAAGACAUCCAAGUCUAAUCCUGUUUUCUGUCCAGAGAGAAGAGAUAUGAUGACAACAUGGAGGCCAUGCUGGAAUGUGUACGGAUGUCUCACAGCAACGCCUGGAGCAAAGACCCCAUGAUGCAGCUGAAGAUCACAGCCCUGCUCAGCCCAGAGCUGUGUGUAAGGUCACCAAAAAUUGUAUUUGGAAAGUCUUUUGGCUGUCACCAUCAUGUCUGUCUUGAGCCCGGAAAGUGAAAAAAAUUGGGCGAGAGCAGCACCCAGGUAGCAGCACCCAGUCGUAGCUCAACGCAACUAUGCCUUUAAUUAGCCAACGCUAAUUAAAUCUCAUGUUAAUUUCAAGAGGACAGUUUUUCAAGCUAACAUUUUUGAAGUUAUAUCAUGACUGUGACGUUUUCGUCUGAGACUAGCUCAAAGCAGUUUAAAUAUAAUACAUGGGAAAAAAGAUAAGAACACAUGCUUCACUGUUGGAUUGGACAACAGCUGUCCCUGGUGUGGACUCUCUCUCUUUAAAAUGGGUCUCUGUUUUGCUCAGCACUGAUAACUCUGUGUUGUUUACAUAAAGGUCAAGCUCACGACCCUCAUCGCACAACAACCAUAUGACCUGAAUCUGGUUGUCCGGGCGAUGGAUGGAGAGGUACAACAGCACAAUUAUAAAUAAAAGAACAAUUUUUAGUCUUUUUUUCCUGCUCAUUUAUACAUUUGUUUCAAUGACUGUUUGAAAUGACUUCUUAAACUCUCUCUUUCAGCUAAUCAAAUUUCCCGGUUUAGAUGAGAGUGAAGUUGCUCAUUUCCUCUGUAGCUUACGACGGUUCAACAGAAUAGCAGAGGUAAUGGCAUGAAGCAUCAUGGGAGUUUGAUGAUAGAACUGAGUAAAAGUAUCUGAAAACGUUUAUUAUCAUUUUAAUGAAGAUAAGAGUUUUUUUUUAGGCAAGUGUGAACAAAGUCAGAGUCCUGGUGGAUGCAGAGUACACCUACAUGAACCCCGCCCUGUCACUUGUCACUAUGGCGAUGAUGAAGAAGUUUAACAAAGAUGGCGUCUGGAUUUGGAACACAUAUCAGUGUUACCUUAAGGCAAAUAUAUUUUGAUUUUCUGUUUUUUAGCGCCAAACACCAAAAUAAAUACAACAAAAUUAGUCUUACUGAGGAAUUAAUGUAAACUCCCCCCUCUCUGUAUCAUUCAGGAGUCACGGUCUCUCCUGUUGGAAGCCUUACGUCUCUCCAAGGAGGAGGGUUUCUGUCUGGGAGUGAAGCUGGUGCGUGGAGCCUACAUGGACAAAGAGAGGAAGCUGGCAGAGAAAGAAGGUCGUCAGUCGCCCAUCCAUGAGUGCUGGGAGGACACCAACGCCAGGUGGGCUUAAUCCCAAACUGACACAUUAAUCCCAGAGAUCAACAAAUGAAGGAGUACAAUGAAUGAAAUCUCAUACCUUGUCUGAGCCAAGUUUUAUCAAUGAAACUGGAUUUCUCUGUAAGCCCUUUAUGUGGAUCAAAUCUAUCUCUGCACUAGUUUUGAUGUAGGAUUAAGGUUGUUGCACAUCAUUCAAAACACUCUCUGUUUAUAUCAAUGCAGCUAUAAUGGCUCUCUGGACGUGAUGUUGAAGGAAAUUUCCCAGAAACCUGAGCGCUACAGGAUUAUAGUGGCCACUCACAAUGAGGAGUCAGUGAGAAUAGCUGCUAAACGGUUAGUCUUCAAAACAAAUCAGUUUUUUAUAGUUUUAAUCUUUGUGGAACUGCUGACAUAUAAUACAAAACAAUAAUAUAUUUUGUUGGUUCUUGUCAGGAUGGAAGAGUUGGGGAUCGACAAAAAUGGAGGUUCAGUGUGUUUUGGUCAGCUGCUGGGCAUGUGUGAUCACGUCUCCCUCACUCUGGGUGAGAUGUGCUUACAGGCUGUUCUUCACUUGUACAUUUUAAGUGAUUUGUGUAUUUUUAGCUGAAAAGUAUUGAGUAUUUUCUUCUCUGUUUCAUGUUCCUCCAGCAAAAGAGGGUUAUGCCAUCUACAAGUCUGUGCCAUACGGCUCAGUGGAUGACACUCUGCCGUACUUAGUACGACGGGCUCAGGAGAACCGCACAGUGCUGCAGGGAAUCCGCAAAGAGAGAGACCUGCUGAGGAAAGAGUUUUACAGGAGACUGAGUCGGAGAGGAGACAGAUAACAGGCUGAGGAGGAGGAUGUUAGUCUAAACCCUGCUGCUGAACCACUAAACACACUCAACCUCCAUGUAUGGAGGCCAGGAAGAGCUGUGUGUGUACGAAAGCACAGGAAGCAUAAUGUACAAGUUUUUACUAAACAACUGGUUCAUCUAUUAUUAGAUAUAAAACAAAAAAGGGCUGAUUUAUUGUUUAUUUUAAUUUAUUGUGAUAACACUGUCAUCCUGAGAAAACUUUUUUUGAGAUCAUGAACAAUAAAGAACAUUAAAGUCAUGGAAAACAAGAUAAAAUGGGGAAAAAAUAGAUUCUUUGGUUAGGACAUUUAAUAAUCAACUAUUGAUGUUAAAGGGAUAUUCAGGCGUAAAAUUAAGUCAGGGUCAAACACACCAUAACACCGAGUAAGACACCACCUGAUGAAUGUUGCCGACCGCUUGCUUCUUUAGUUAUACCAACUUUAGUAAUGACCGCACGAUAGCAAUACACAGCAGUCUACGUUUCCACACGCAAACCUCAACCAAAAAGCCACUCUAUUGCCACAAAUAAUACUCAGAAACGAAACUAACUUCAUCAACAGUACAUAGUGGGUCCCACCCAUAGUACCAGCCACCAAACAUCUUUUUAGCUUUGCUUGAUUUCUUUAGCAGAGACCAAACACAACUCCCCUACUCUCCUCCAGCAGCUGCUUGUUUGUGGGGGAGUCCUGACGAGUAAAUCACCAAGUGCAGCGGAGUUUCACAGCUCAAGGAAGAACAUUUAUGAUCAUUUCUUUAUGGAAAUGCAAUCAGACUGAGACGCUAAGGCAGAAGAACUACCGCGUCUACAGUGCAAAAUGAUUAAUAUGAUGAUUAUUACUUCAAGGAAAUGAUCUGCUGUACACUAUUUCAGGCUUUUUACGCACUGUCUAUUCUAUUACCAUUUGUACUGGAUUUUUCCUCUGGUCUGGACAGGACCACUCUAGCCCAUUUUUCUGUACUGCGGUUUAUUUUAAAGACUCACUCCAGUUAGUAGGAUCAGAAUCAUAACCUGUUUUCUGCUUAAGUGUGUGGUUCAUUUGAGCAAACUGUGUAUUUUGUAAAUCAACUGUAAUGAAGACCAAAGACUGGCUGAGAGAAAUCAUCUAAUAUCUACUUUUGUAACUUAGAUCCAUCAAGUAUGUGUUAACUAUCAACUUCAACCUUUAUAUGCUGUAACUCAAGGAAAAUCCAGUAAAAACCUCUGAAUCGGUUACACAGCUGUUGGUAAAAUCACUGGAAGAGCAGAUCUGCAUGUUUUUCAUGGGUGUGUAUUUAAGUAGGAACAGGGCUGGAUUAUUAUUGACUGAUUUUUGUUUGUUUGUUUUGCUGUCUUGAUAAAUUUUUACAAAAACAAAUAAAGCUUUCAGAAACAAAA